UCAGCUGAAAUCACAAUUUUUUUUAUUCAUUUAGCAAGUUUUCUUAAUAGUGACAGCUUCACAUUAAAUUUUCAAAUGUCCAACUUUGUUAACUUAAACGAAAAGUGCUUACUUAAAAUUGUGGACUAUCUUAAACUCGAGGAUCAAUUAAACCUGUGGAGUGCUACUAAGUGCAUACCCAAACUUCAAAAGGUCGUAUCAAGCUCCUGGCAGAUCCGAAGACAACACUAUUUACGCCGGAACACGUUUAAAGACAAAGAAAUACUUCUUCAAGACUUUUUACAAUGCAUUGGUUGUACUGUAGAGAAGUUUAUUUUCGAAGACUUCCCUAUAGAUCAAUUGUAUGCUUUCCGAAAUCAUGGUUUUCCCAAUAUGCGGGUAUUGGAUUAUUCAAAUGAAGAUUCCGAUUUAGUCAAUGACGUGAAGACUCUGGUAAAUUGCUUUCCUCUAAUAGAGACAUUUAAAAUGGGAGCUCUGAUCGGGGGGCUAAGCUACGAACAUCACAUAGCCAGGUGGAAGAACCUGAAAAGGUUGGACAUCAUGGGAUCUUCUAAGCAUUGGAAAACUAUAUGCUUUCAAGAAAUAUGCCAAAAAUUGCAGCUACAGUUUUUAAGUGUUUCCUGGAGAGAAUCGGAGGAAGAUGCCUAUGUAGAGGCCAUAUCAAAAUUGCAGGAACUGGAGGAACUAAAGUUGGAUUUAAACCUCAUCAGCAGGGAAAAUACAAUAAAACUAUUAAAUCUUCCAAAGCUUCGAAAACUUUGCUUUGAAGAAUUUGAGGAUGUGCAGGAUUUUCUUGAUAACAUAGUUGAAAUUCGUGGAAAGGAUGUUACAGGAAUCACCUGGAACGAGAAUUUUUGGCUGUGGCUGAAUCCCAAUCGAUUUAAAAAUGUGCAAAAAGUCUCGAUUAUAGACGAAGGAGUCGUAGAAGGAAUUUGGUAUGCACCCAUUUUUAACAAAAGUCUUAGUGAUUUUCCUCAAUUGCUAGAAUUGUGUUUGGCAAACAUAAACAUUUGGCAGACUGGGGACGAACUAUGGGAAAUGAUCUAUUCUUGUCAACAGCUAAAACUAUUACAGUUGGAAAAUUUCGAGAUGGAGCAUGAAUUUUUCGAUUUCAGUUUUAUGUCUAUGGACAAGGCUUUAUGUCAGAGGCGUGACCCCUUAGUCAUAAAUUUUUUGAAUACCUAUCAUAAAGAUUUGAUUUUUCAGCAUUUUAUUCAUUCGAAACUGAAGAUUUUCAUCAACGUCAGUAGGGAAUCCUUGUCAAAGUUCUCGGGCGGAGUUUUGGAGUUGGAAUUUAUUUCUAACAGCAAACAAGAAGUUUAACAUACAUAUGUACACAUGUCUGUACAUACAACCAAAUGGGAAUUUACAUAAGAUAACACAUUUUUCUGUGCAAUAAAUUAUUGCUUUGGACAUUUGAAAAA